GGGAAGGGGGCGGGGCGUGGGCUGGGACAGCAAUGGCGGCCGGCCGGUAGAGCGCGCUGUGAGGCCUUCUCCUCAGGAGGGAAGCGGAGGCCGAGGCCGAGGCGGAGGAGGAGUAGGCCGCGGACGGCGCGGACAUGUCCGGCAGGGUCGAGAAAGCAGACUCCCAGCGCUCCCACCUCUCUUCCUUCACCAUGAAGCUGAUGGAUAAGUUCCAUUCGCCCAAAAUCAAACGGACACCUUCCAAGAAGGGGAAGCAGCCCGACCUCCUGGUCAAGUCCCCCGAGAAAGCCGUCAACAAGAACCUGACCUGGCUGGAGGAGAAGGAGAAGGACGUGGUGAGCGCCUUGCGGUACUUCAAGACCAUCGUGGACAAGAUGGCCAUCGACAGCAAGGUGCUGGAGAUGCUGCCGGGCUCCGCCAGCAAAGUCCUGGAGGCCAUCUUGCCCCUGGUCCAGGCCGACCCCCGCAUCCAGCAGAGUUCGGCCCUCUUGUCCUGCUACGGGCGCGUCUACCAGAGCCUGGGCAACCUGAUCCGUUGGUCUGACCAGGUGAUGCUCGAAGGCAUCAACGCCGAGGACAAGGAGGUGGUCAGCACCGUCCGAGGGGUCAUCAAGGCCGUCUUGGACGGAGUCAAGGAACUGGUCAAGCUGACCAUUGAGAAGCAGGAGCAUCCGUCCCCCACCAGCCCCGUCAAGCCGAGUUUGCCCGCUUGCACAUCAGACAGCCCUUCGGAGCUGCCCUUGACCGACCGUGAGAUCGAGAUCCUCAACAAGACCCCCGUUUCGGGGCCGGCCCCCGAGGCCUUGGCGGACCCCGCCGACGAAGAGGUGGCCCCCCCCAAGCCCCCGCUCCCUUGCAUCCGGGUGGCCGAAAACAGCCCUCCGCCCGCCUUGCCGCCCAAGAAGCGCCAGUCCGCCCCGUCUCCCACCCGCGUGGCCGUGGUGGCCCCCAUGAGCCGGACCACCAGCGGAUCCAGCCUGCCCAUCGGGAUCAACAGACAGGACUUGGACUCGGACUGCUACGCGCAGCGCAGGCUCUCGGGGGGCAGCCAGUCCUACGGGGGGGAGUCCCCGCGCCUCUCGCCCUACAACAGCAUGGGGAAGCUCAGCAAGUCCGACGAGCAGCUCUCCUCCCUGGACGGCGACAGCGGGCAGUGCUCCCGCAACACCAGCUGUGAGACCUUGGAUCAUUACGAUCCAGACUACGAGUUCCUGCAGCAGGACCUCUCCAAUGCGGACCAGGCUCCCCCACAGCCGCCCGGCGCCCUCAGCCCUUUGCCGGAGUCCUUGGGGGAAUCGGGCUCCCCGUUCCUUGCCCGCGCCUUCCAGCCGACCCCGGAACAUUGCAGCUCCCCGAUGGCGACGCCCGAGGUGCCCCCCGCUCUGCCGGAGAAGAAGCGCCGAGGGGCGCCCGGCUCGUCGUGCAGUUUCGAGGCCCCCGGCUGCCGGGCGCUGCUGGAGAGGCACCCCUCGCAGUAUGACAACCUCUCCGAAGAGGACCUGCCCAACCCGGCCCUGCUCCCCGCCGUGCCCUUCACCCCCUUCGCCGCUGUGCUGCCCUUCCAGGCCUCCCCCGCCGAGUUCCUGGCCGAUUUCGCCCCCCCGGACCCCGAGAAGCCCCCUCCACUGCCGGAGAAGAAGAACAAGCAUAUGAUGGCCUACAUGCAGUUUGUGGAGGACUACUCGGAGCCCCAGCCCUCCAUGUUCUACCAGACGCCGCAGAGCGAGCACAUCUACCAGCAGAAGAACAAGCACCUGAUGGAGGUCUACGGCUUCAGCGACUCCUUCAGCAGCCCAGACUCCGCCCCCGACCUGGCCCCGCCCCCCGCCCUCCCACCCAAGCAGCGCCAGCUGGCCUCUUUUGCCACCUCCUCUUCCUCCUCCUCCUUCUCUCCUCCUGUCUCCUUCUGUGUCCAGCCGCCUCAAGUGCCCUUCGCCCCCGAGGACCACCUCCUCGCCACCGCCACCGCUGCCGGCUCCACCCCGGGCCUCACUGUGUCCGUCUCUAACUCCUUCCUCCACCAGCACAGCGCCUUCCCCGCCCCGCACGCGUACAAGUCCGUGUUCAGGUCUUUCUCGCAAGACUUUGUGCCUCGCAACCAGGUCUCCAUCCCGCCCUUCCUCUCCUCCACCACCUCCGCCGCCGCCCUUGCGUCCUCCUCGCCCCCGCUGCCCUUUGCCCUCGCCCACCCCCAGCCCGGGACCGGGGACGCAGCCGGACACCCCGCGGCGGACCCCACCGCCCCCGGCCCCGCAUCCUCUUCGCAGGAGACGGCCCCGGCUUGCCUUCCGCCCGAACCCCCUUCGAGCGACCAGGUCCGGCCGGCCGGCGAGGAGGCAGGGGAGGGGGAGUACGUCAACCUCUAUUCCUCCGGCCAAAGCAACGGGGAACUCCCUCGCGCUGGAGGAGGAGGAGGAGGAGGAGGAGGAGAUUCUCCGAUUGUCCGAGACCCCGGCCACGCCAAGACCCCGACCCCCUUGAGCAACAGCCUUCCCGGGAAGGAGAGCCAAGAGGAGAGCGACAGGCAGCAGAAGCUUCCCGACGAGGCCCUGGCCGCUUCCCGGCUGGACGAGGAAGAGGAAGUGGACGAGCUCUCGCUGACCGACCACAGCGAGAUCAUGGCCCGGCUGACCCUCAAGCAGGAGGGCGACGACGGGCCCGACGUGCGGGGAGGGUCCGGGGACAUCCUCCUGGUCCACGCCACCGAGACCGACAGGAAAGAUCUGGUCCUGUAUUGUGAAGCCUUCCUGACGACGUACCGGACCUUCAUCAGCCCCGAAGAACUCAUCAAAAAGCUACAGUACAGGUAUGAGAAGUUCUGCCAUUGUCCGGACACCUUCAAGAAGCGGGUCAGCAAGAACACCUUCUUCGUCCUGGUCCGAGUGGUGGACGAACUCUGCCUGGUGGAGCUGUCGGAGGAGCUCCUGCGCCUGCUGAUGGCGCUGGUCUUCCGCCUGGUCUGCAGUGGGGAGCUCAGCCUGGCCCGCGUCCUGCGCAAGAACAUCCUCGACAAGGCCCAGCAGAAGAAGAUCCUGCGGCACAACAACUCCGCUCGGCCCCUCGCCUCGCGAUGGGUGGCCGCCAGGCCGGGGACCCUCCACGACUUCCACAGCCACGAAAUUGCCGAGCAGCUGACCCUCCUGGACGCGGAGCUCUUCUACAAGAUCGAGAUCCCCGAGGUGUUGCUUUGGGCGAAAGAGCAGAACGAGGAGAAGAGCCCCAACCUGACCCAGUUCACCGAGCACUUUAACAACAUGUCCUACUGGGUGCGCUCCAUCAUUAUGCAGCAGGAGAAAGCGCAGGACCGCGAGAGGCUGCUCCUCAAGUUCAUCAAGAUCAUGAAGCACUUGCGGAAGCUCAACAACUUCAACUCCUACCUGGCCAUCCUCUCGGCGCUGGACUCGGCCCCCAUCCGCCGCCUGGAGUGGCAGAAGCAGACCUCGGAGGGCCUGGCCGAGUACUGCACGCUGAUUGACAGCUCCUCCUCCUUCCGGGCCUACCGGGCCGCCCUCUCCGAGGUGGAGCCCCCCUGCAUCCCCUACCUAGGCCUUAUCCUGCAAGACCUGACCUUCGUCCACCUGGGGAACCCGGACCACAUCGAGGGCAAAGUCAACUUCUCCAAGCGCUGGCAGCAGUUCAACAUCCUGGACAGCAUGCGGUGCUUCCAGCAAGUGCAUUACGACAUCCGGCGCAACGACGACAUCAUCUCCUUCUUCAACGACUUCAGCGACCAUUUGGCCGAGGAGGCUUUGUGGGAACUCUCGCUCAAGAUCAAGCCCCGGAACAUCACCCGGCGGAAGACAGACCGCGAAGAGAAGACCUAGAGUUCGGGGAGGAGCAGGGGAGGGUGGAGCCGAAGGACGGGCGGGCGGACCUCCCCACGGACAGACGGACAGCAGUUCCGAGGGCCUGCGACCCUCCCGAGUUCACGAGGACGGACCGUCGGCACUCGCCGCCAUGUCGGCCUUCCGCCGUCCUCCUGUUGCUGCUACUCGAUGGGAAGCGUGGCCGGAUCGGAGCCGGCCUGCCUCUAAUUUGCCAAAUUUUUUGAGUUUUCCAUACAAAAGAGAGAGAUGGUUUGCUUCUGUUUCCGCCGAGAGCGGCGCCAGGCUCCCUUUGCGGGUGCCAAGGACACUCCACCUCGAGUAACUUCUUAUAAGGAAGAGAAGGAACUCCACUUCAGUGUAUAAGAAAAGAGAACGAACUCCAUCUCGAGUAACUUCUUAGAAGAACUCAAACCUCAAGUUUCUUCUUAUAAGGAAGAGAAGGAACUCCACCUCGAGUUACUUCUACGAAAGAGAAGGAACUCCACUCCGAGUUGCAUCCUAUAAGAUAAAGAACUCCUUCUCGGGUUACUUCGUGCGAGGAGGAAAGAGUUACAUUCUGCCCUGCAGAGUCUGUGUUUACAAGAGUCGUCCCGUUUCCGCAUCUCCAGCAAAGAUGAUAGGAAAACCCUUUUUGGGAAUCCCGCGGACUCCAGGACCCAGCAUCCCCCGGCGUGUGUUUUAGUCAUGGUACUAGCAGUAAAUAUGUAGAGAGAGAAAAACCCACCUGUACAUAGGAAUCCCUCGGUGCCGCUGGUCCCUUUUUCUUUCUUUUCGAUGCAUGUCUGAAUGGGUUUUUGAACGAGGAAAGCGCCAAGACACAAAGCAAAAUCUGUAUAGGAACUGAGGGAGAAAGAGGUCACGUCGGAACGAGGGAGGCUUCCAGUUUGCAUCAAAAGUCAUUUUUGUGAGCGAAAGGGAAGGGAAAGGAUCACUAUGUCUUACAAGACAGAAGAGGAUGCCAUCUCUGCAUACGAGCCUUCCGUUGCUGGACUCUGGAAGAUCAUCUCCCUGCAAUACAUGGACGAUAUUCUCCUGUUUGUCCCAAGCUGGAAGAAAUGUUAUCUCUGCGUAUGAGGCCUCCAUUUCCGGACUCUAGAAGAUCAUCUCCCUGCAAUACAUGGAUGAUAUUCUCCUGUUUGUCCCAAGCUAGAAGAAAUGUUAUCUCUGCGUAUGAGGCCUCCGUUUCCAGACUCUGGAAGAUCAUCUCCCUGCAAUACGUGGAUGACAUUCUCCUGUUUGUUUCAAGAUGGAAGAAAUGUUAUCUCUGCGUAUGAGGCCUCCAUUGCUGAACUCUGGAAGAUCAUCUCCCUGCAAUACAUGGACGAUAUUCUCCUGUUUGUCCCAAGCUAGAAGAAAUGUUAUCUCUGCGUAUGAGGCCUCCGUUUCCAGACUCUGGAAGAUCAUCUCCAUGCAAUACGUGGACGAUAUUCUCCUGUUGGUCCCGAGCUGAAUUUCUGCAUAUGAGGCCUCUGUUUCUGGACUCUGGAAGAUCAUCUCCAUGCAAUAUAUGGAUGAUAUUCUCCUGUUGGUCCCGAGCCGGAAGAAGUGUUGCCAUCUCCACUUAUGAGGCCUCUGUUUCCGGACUCUGGAAGAUCAUCUCCAUGCAAUACGUGGACGAUAUUCUCCUGUUGGUCCCGAGCUGAAUUUCUGCAUAUGAGGCCUCUGUUUCUGGACUCUGGAAGAUCAUCUCCAUGCAAUAUAUGGAUGAUAUUCUCCUGUUGGUCCCGAGCCGGAAGAAGUGUUGCCAUCUCCACUUAUGAGGCCUCUGUUUCCGGACUCUGGAAGAUCAUCUCCAUGCAAUACGUGGACGAUAUUCUCCUGUUGGUCCCGAGCCGAAUCUCUGCGUAUGAGGCCUGUUUCUGGACUCUGGAAAAUCAUCUCCAUGCAAUAUAUGGAUGAUAUUCUCCUGUUGGUCCCGAGCUGGAAGAAGUGUUGUCAUCUCUGCAUAUGAGGCCUCCGUUGCCAGACUCUGGAAGAUCAUCUCCCUGCAAUACGUGGACGAUUUUCUCAUGUUGGUCCCGAUCCGGAAGAAGUAUUUCCAUCUCCGCCUAUGAGGCCUCCGUUGCCGGACUCUGGAAGAUCAUCUCCCUGCAAUACGUGGACGAUAUUCUCCUGUUGGUCCCGAGCCGAAUUUCUGCGUAUGAGGCCUCUGUUUCUGGACUCUGGAAGAUCAUCUCCAUGCAAUACGUGGAUGAUAUUCUCCUCGUAGUCCCAAGCCUGAAAAAAUGUUGCCAUCUCUGCGUAGGAGACUUGCGCUGCCCAACUUUGGAAGACCAUUUCCAUGCAAUACGUGGACGAUAUUCUGUUCACUCCCUCCCUGGUGUGCAACUCCCAUCAUCAGCUUAUGAUGGGAGUUGUAGUCUUGUCACUGCAAAGGGAUCACAUGCCCAUCAAUGUGGACUUUCAGACUGGCCAAAACCCGUGCCCCCUUUCCACUCAAAUCCUCUGCUAUUUAUUGUGUAAGUAAAUGGGGAGAUGGGAGUCAGAGAAGGUUGGGUUUUGCAGUGGGAUCCGUGUCUCUAUAACCCAGGCAUGGGUCAACUUUGUUAGGAAUUGUGGGAGUUGAAGUCCAAAACACCCGGCGGGCUGAAGCUGGGCCAUGCCUUGCUCUCCGGAAGCCUCCCUCGGCCUGACAGUUUUGUGAUCCUAAAAGCAGCACCAACAAGGAACAAGAAGAGAUCCAUCUGCAAAGCCUCCUUUUCGCGUCCCUCUUGUUUCCGGUGCAUGCCUUGGUUGCCAAGAUUAAAGCGACAAUCGAACCCGA